AUGAUUCCAAUUAGCACCAGCAACACACCGACAGAAACGACAGAAACUACUUCUCCACAAGAACCAAAUGAUAGAGUUCCCAGUGAAAACUGGACAGAAAUGACGGAAAACGAGAAGUUCACAACACAGCCACACUCAGGAAUGAAAGGGAAACACGAUGACCAAACCUAUCAAAGUGCCAACCAAGUAAGUGAUAGGGAACCCGCAAGAUUAGAUGAAUUCGACACCGAAAUGAACAGCGACUCAGAACUGGACAGAGAAACGGACGGCACAGGCUG